AUGUCCUUCGACUCCCCUCUCCCCCCCUACAACGCCUCCGACCCCUCCGCCACCUUCCUCAACUCCUCCUGUCUCGAUCUCCUCAUGAUCGAGCUCGUCCCCAUGGCAUGGCGCAUAGUCCAAGAGGUGGAUUACUCUAGCACAUCAUCACAGGGGAAAAAAGGCAGCGGUGGUGGUGGUGAGGCGCGGAGGGCUGGAGCUGGGGCUGGGGCUGCGGAGGGAAGGGUGAUGAGCGAGGAGGAGGAGCAGGAGGAGAGGGACGCGGUGUUUUUUAGGUUGGAGAUGUUGGGGUAUAGGGUUGGGCAGGGGUUGGUUGAGAGAUUCUCAAAAGACCGUCCCCGUUUCACGGAUACGCUGGAUGUUAUUAAGUUCCUGUGUAAGGAUCUGUGGAUGCUGGUUUUUAGGAAGCAGAUUGAUAAUUUGAAGACGAAUCAUAGGGGUGUCUAUGUCCUAACAGACAACUCCUUCCGGCCAUUCUCACGCAUGAGCACGGAAGCUGGUGGACAAGCUGUUGUGAGGGCCCAACCUUUCCUCUGGUUCCCCUGCGGCAUCAUCCGCGGCGCGCUCGCUAGCAUGGGCAUCAACGCUACGGUGCAGGCCGAGACGAGUGAGUUGCCCGGAGCAACUUUUCAGAUUAAGAGUGUGGGCGUUGCGGGGAAGGCGUAG